UCGCUUGAUGGCACUGAAAAGAAUGGGAAUUGUAAAAGAUUAUGAGAAAAUUCGUUCAUUUGCCGUGGCAAUAGUGGGUGUUGGUGGAAUUGGCAGUGUGACUGCUGAAAUGCUGACAAGAUGUGGCAUUGGUAAGCUGCUCUUGUUUGAUUAUGAUAAGGUGGAACUGGCAAAUAUGAAUAGGCUCUUUUUUCAACCCCAACAAGCUGGACUGAGCAAAGUGAAAGCGGCAGAACACACUUUAAGGAAUAUUAAUCCUGAUGUCUCCUUUGAAGUACAUAAUUACAACAUCACUACUGUGGACAACUUUCAACAUUUUAUGGAUAGGAUCAGUAAUGGUGGAUUGGAAGAAGGAAAACCUGUGGAUCUUCUACUAAGCUGUGUGGAUAACUUUGAAGCUCGUAUGGCAAUUAACACUGCUUGUAAUGAGAUUGGACAAAUAUGGAUGGAAUCUGGAGUAAGCGAAAAUGCCGUUUCUGGUCAUAUCCAGCUGAUCAUACCUGGUGAAUCAGCUUGUUUCGCAUGUGCACCUCCACUUGUUGUGGCUGCAAACAUAGAUGAGAAAACUCUGAAACGAGAGGGAGUUUGUGCAGCCAGUCUUCCCACCACUAUGGGAGUAGUUGCUGGUCUUCUUGUGCAAAAUGUCUUGAAAUAUUUAUUAAACUUUGGAAUUGUGAGCUUUUAUCUCGGCUACAAUGCACUGCAGGAUUUCUUUCCCACCAUGACAAUGAAACCAAAUCCACACUGUAGUGACCGAAACUGCAGAAUGCAGCAAGAACAGUAUAAGAAAAAGGAAGCAGUGAAUCCAAAAGAAGAGUUAAUAGACCAGGAAGAAGAAAUAGUUCAUGAAGACAAUGACUGGGGUAUAGAGUUAGUUUCGGAGAUUUCAGAAGAAGAAUUGAAAGAUGAUUCUAGUUCGGUUCCUGAUCUUCCAGAAGGAAUAAUGUUGGCUUACACAAUACCAAAAAAGGAAGAGAAUGUUCCCGCUGGAGAAAUGGUUGAAGAAUCUGAAGAAAGUCUUGAAGAACUUAUUGCUAAAAUGAAGAAUAUAUAAUGUAAAGAAUGUGUCAAAGACCUAUUAAAUUUCAGUGCUUUUUAGCUAUUUAAUGGUUUCUGGCUAAAUUUGGCCUUUUGUAUAUUUAUCAACCUAUUUUGGUGAUAGUAUCAUUAAAUUCCCAUAACUUGAUACAUUAUUAGAAGCUAUGAGGGUCCAAUUUCCAGCAAGCAUUAAAGCAACACAAUAAAUUUAAUACUAAGAAUGAUAGUGGUAUUUCUAAUCAAAUCAACCACAAAGGUAUUUUCUAAAUGGUAAAAGUUUACUUGUUAGGUGUAGUAUAAGUAAAGUAAAUAUAAAGUAAUUUGGCAAAAAUUCUAAGGUCCUUUAUAAUGUUUAGAAAAAGAUUUCACUAUGCGUAGCUACGGUAUAUUUAAUUUUUGAAAUACUGUUCUAAUUCACUCAUAAUGCUAAAUCAUGAAUUAAGUGUAGAGUUCCUUCUCUGGAUGUUUUGAGUUUGAAUCUUACAUAUCUUGUACAAUAAACAUAACAGUUGAAAGCCAAAAUGAGCAAAGUUGUGCAAGACUAGUUUUGUAUUGCAUACACAUAUUUUUAUAAGUCUAAGCAAAAUUUAAGCAGGAAGAUUGCUCUUUUGCUAUUUUACAAUCAGCAAGAGCAAUAAAUCAUGAUCCAAGGUUAAUUUUUCUGAUUUGCUGUUAUACAAAUUCAUACAGGAUAUAUAAUUUAAAGGGAAUUCAAUUGUAUUAGUACAAAGUCAAUAAUCUAUAGUCUGAAAGUCAUUCAUUAGGAUUAUAUCUUCACUUUAAAACAUAAUUUUAGAUUUUACAUAAUUUUAAAGAAAACAAUAGUGUUUCUUUCAUGUUAUAGAAGAAGGGAAGGGGAAUCUGUGUUUCACACUUUUCAUGGGCUGGUAAUGGCAUAGUAUCCUUAAAAACCAUGGUUUAGCAUUGUAUGUUUAUUUAAACUCACUUGUCUGUUACUCCAUUUAUAUUUGUUGUCUUUUCCAUUAUUUUUUGGCUCAUAACUAAUUUCUGUAUAUUUGAUAGAAUUUUAUAUUUUGCAUCCUAAAUUAAAAGGUACAUCUGCA